AUGUCAAUUUAUUUUGAUUUUCGUCGGCAACGACAAAUUUUUAUUUUUUUAAACGCAUUUGGAUGGGGUGCUUUAGUUGCAGGAAUAUGGCUUUAUUUACAGAAAAAUAUUUAUUCAAUUUUGGCACCUAGCAGCUAUUCGUCAAUGUCCGCAGCUGGUCUCUGUGCUGCUGUUGGUGCAAUGGUUUUAAUUAUUUCACUUGUUGGAAUUGCUGGAAUUUGGUUUACUUCGAGUAAAUUAAUUAUUUCGUAUUUUUGUUUUGUUCUUCUCCUUUUUAUAAUUCAAUGUAUUGCUGGUUUGAUGGGUGUUUUAUAUAAAGAAAGUGUUUAUGAAUAUGCAAAAUUGAAUCUUCGGCAUACAAUAAAUUUAACUUAUGGAGACAAUCCAAAUGCCGAUAUUUUGUGGAAUGCUUGGGCACAAAUGCAGAGUGAUUUAAAUUGUUGUGGCGCAAUUUCUCAUUCCGAUUGGUUUUACUAUCCAGGCUGGAAGGGAAGAAAAUUCGUACCAGACAGCUGCUGUAAUCUAAAAGCUUUUAAUCUCGAUUUAUUCAAUCACACACAAAAUUGUGGAAAAAGUUUGGAAAAUUUCGACAAAAUUAUUUAUAAACAGGGGUGUGUUGGGCCUUUUACAGAUUGGUUACUUCAACAUUUACAAAUUACUAAAUUAUUAACUUUAUUGCUUGGAAUACUUGAGAUUCUCAUUUUAUUUUCUACAAUGCAUUUAUUUCUUUAUCUUCGGAAAAACAGAAAAUUUAAUCAGUGCAAUCGUCAUUCUAUAGCUGAUGAAUUAGAGACAAACUCGUUAACAACCAAUGAUUAUCUGAAAACUCAUUCUCAAAAUAGGAGAUUUUGA